AAAACUAGAGGAUUCAGAUGAGGAAAAUGAAGGUUUAAACAAAAAAAGAGAGAAACUAAUAGAUCUUAGUCCUGAGUCAAUAGCAGAAUUUCUAGAAAUGCAAGAUGUAAUCAAAGAAAAUUUUGCAGAACCACAAAAACUAUGCACAAAUAAAUUUAAUUUUAAAAGAAAAGGCCUUGGUGAUAAAAUAUUUAACCCUCUUCCUGCACUUCAAUCUGCACCAGGUGGAGGAAAAUCUUUCUUUUUUGAUGAGUUGGCUUCUCUGAAAAGUGAAGAUCUUGAUCAUUAUUUAAAACCAAAACUUUCUAAUCUGGAAGAAGAACAGAAAGUGAAAAACAACAAUGGGAAUAUCCAAGGAAGAUUGGUCAUGCGAAUCUUAUGGAGUUAUUUCUUUAACAUGAAUAAUUUAGUAUUUUUAUACAUUGAUGAAACGAUGAAGAUUCUAUCAGACAAUAUUACAAAUCUUGGGAAUAUCAAAAGAUCCAAAAGGCUCAUCAAUUGGAUACCAUUGAGAAGGGUUGUUCUUUCAGAAUCAACCAAAUUAAUUGAUAAAGUUAUAGAAAAUUUUGAUCAUAGAUUGUUCAUCAUUAAGAAAUGUAUUGCAGAUUGUAAUGGCCAUCCAAGAACCAUUGAGACAUUUUAUCAUAUUUUACAUAAUGAUGAUACAGCUUUAUAUAUUGACUCUUACAGUUCCCUAAUUGAACAUCUGACAACAAGUUUUCACCAAUUGUUAGGUAGAAUCUCAUUUUCAAUGGUUAAGAUGGCAUUAUUAGGAAAUGAAAUGUCUUUGAAAUGUGAAAUAGAAACUGAUUCAGUGACAUUAACCUUCAGAAAACUUGUUUCUUCAGGAAUUUACAUUAAUUCCUUUGUCAAUGCUAAUGAAACUUUUUGGGUCAUCCCAACCUUAUCUCCAGUUGACCUAUUGGCUACAGAAUAUUCUUUUGAUGAUGAAGUUAUGGAUGGGAAACCAUUUGAAAGAUUUCAUGCAAAUUGGGAGUUGCUUUACCGCAUGCUUCAUGAUGAGGGAGAAGAGGCAGAUCUUUGUAGCAUAUAUGGUUUACAAGAAAGUGAUUAUCAUCCAAAAAUCAGAAUACAACAAAAGAUGAGCAUUGUAAGUGGAUUUGACAUGGUGAUAUUUGAAAUAAAAGCUGAAAAUGCUGAUUAUAUUGCUAUCAAUAUUGAAUGUAAAUUUUAUUAUCCAG